ACGAUUCCUUGAGAUUUUUUGAGUGAUGGUGAAGGACUCGCUGAAGAUUUUGAAACUGACGCCUGUAUGAUGAAAUUUCCUGAGGUGAAGAUUAUAAAUAAUGAAAUUGUUUAUAAUAUUUUAUCCUGCGUAUCGAUAAAAGUAUAAAAAAUAAAAGUAUAAAGAUAAUAAGGGGCGGAUAUGGCAUCAAUAAUAUCUUCAUUAAUAUACAUUUAUUUUAUAUUGACAAUUUCACAAACGUCUGCAGCACCCGAUAACGGUGGCUACUUCUAUGGCCCAACUAUAACAGAUCGUGAUCCUUCUGUAAAAAAAUGUCGGCACCGCAAAGUAUUUGGUAUGAUACAAGCCAUGUGUGCUGAUUUAAAUCUCAAACAAAUUCCCCCAAAUCUUCAGUCGAAUAUUCAGGACCUCGAAUUUUCCGGUAAUCGAUUGAGAGAAUUAAAUAAUGAUACACUCCUGCCAUACACAAGUUUGUCGUACGUUUAUUUUGUGGAUAAUUUUAUCAGUAGUAUAGAAGAUGGUGCAUUUAUAAAACUACAAAACCUCCAAGUGUUAGAUCUAACGACAAAUGCAAUAAGUGGGUUCCCAAAAAAUGUUUUGUCAUUACCUCAACUGAGAAGUUUAUAUUUGAGUGAUAAUAAACUUGAGGAUAAUGCUCUAGAACCAAUAUCAUCAUUAGAAGAUUCAACUGUUGAGCUGUUGGAUUUAUCGAAAAAUUUAUUGACUAAAUUACCUCCGGCGCGUGCUUUUACUCAACUAAAAGAGCUCAAUGUGUCUGCAAAUUCAAUAUCAACUAUAAAAGCUUCUGACGUUAGUGCAUUUUGUUCUCUACACACUCUCGACCUUUCGAAGAAUCGCCUCACGUUUCAUGAUUCCUGCGAGUGCUUGGAAUUAAAUGCGUGGAUUAAAUUCCGUAAAAUAAAAAUUUUACCGCAAAAAAUUAUCUGCGACAGUAGUACCAGCAAUACUGAUAAAUGUUCUGUAACACAGUCACUGGAACAAUUGAUCUCUAAUGAAACGUUAAGAGCAUAUGAUAAUUGUAAAAAUAAUAUUGUAAUGCACAAUCAAAUGAUCAGGACCCGUACUACGUGGAUUGUUGUGUCCUCGUGUUUUAUUGUUAUAAUUAUUGCAUUAAUAGUACUUUUCUUAAUAUAUAAACGUAAUGCAAAGCGUAAAUUUCGUAAUAAGAAAGAAUUGGCGGCGUCUCAUCAAGUUAAUGACGAAUUACUUAAUAUCAAUAGUAUUAAUGACAAAAAAUAAUUAUAAUAAUAAUAAUACUAUUCUUAUGGUGAUUAUUAUUACUAUUAUUAAUUUAUAAAUUAUUUUUGUUUAUGUAUAUUAUAUAUUUUUUGUACAAAUUUAUCUUAUAAUUAUUUAUUCGUAGUUUUAAUUUAUUUUGUGAUGUAAUAAAAAUGAGUGAGCAUUUGUAUUUAAAAAUAAACGAAUAUCUAUACGUAAAUAUGUGUAUAAACUUAUUAUAUAUAUGGAUAUGUACGUACGUACAUACAUUUGUAACAUGAUAUAAGAUUUUAAUCAAACGAGACGGAGUUGAAUUCAAACUCAGUUAUAUAAGAGGUAUCCAUACUAUCCGUCCUUUCUACUCAUCAAAUUCAUUAUUCUCAUUGCAACACCCACUGAAAAUAAAACUACCUUUGUAUUAAUUUUGACAACUGAAUUUAUUAUAUUCAGGAUUAUAAAAUAACAUGUUGUGUUUUAUCUAUUUUUUUUUUAUUCAACUAAGAUAAAAUGUACAAAAGUGUUAAAAAAUAGAAGUAAUUAUAUCCAUCAA